GGUCGGCGGUGGUGACGGAUGUUUUUUAUAUGUACGAGUGUGUGUUUUUUCUCUGUCGCACGUGACUCAUAGAGAUCGGAAGAAAAAAAAUGGCGCGCAUGCUGAAUGGUGUAAACAACAUUGCCAAGAUGCAUUAUAUUGGGAUCGCGUACUACGCCGCUUUGUUGCUGCUCGUUGCAGUAACAAGCACGAAUUCGACAAAAUGCUCUCGAAUCAUAGAGGAUACCACUAUGUCGCGCUCCAAUGCCGAAGGCAAAUAUCACUUUUUCAUGACGCUCUUCAAUAGGACCGAGAUUGUAUACGCCUAUAUGCCUAAUACGCGGUAUAGUGUGGUCCUACAGGCCGACAAUCCCGAUCAGAUUCACCGGAAGUUUACGAGAUUUCUCAUAUCCGCCGAGGCCGAAAAUGCAAAUGAGACGGCCGAUGUCGGUAUAUUCGAUCUCCAGGAUGAUGUAAUGACCAAAUUUGCCGAUAAUUGCGCGAAUGCCGUCAUGGAAACAUCAAAAGUUUCAAAAGAAGAGAUAUCUGUCGGUUGGACCAGUCCUACUGAAGGUAGCGGUUGCAUACUUAUCAGAGCGACGGUGCUUGAAACGCCAGAUACAUGGUACAUGGAUGAUUCAAAUUUAGUCCUCAACAUGUGUCAAGACUCAAAAGCGGAAGCUGACGAUCAGGGUCCGGUUUUAGCAGAAUGUUGCGCCUGCGAGGAGGCAAAAUAUGAAGUCACAUUUGAAGGAUUAUGGUCGCGUAACACGCAUCCCAAAGAUUUUCCAAGUAAAGAGUGGCUAAUUCGUUUUUCGGACGUAAUCGGUGCAUCUCACACUGAUAAUUACAGCUUUUGGCGAUAUAGUAACAAUGGUAUAUCAAACGGGCAUACAGAUAUGGCUAGUAUCGGGCUACGUCAAGUGGCAGAAGCUGGUACGACACGAAAAUUAGAAUCAGAAUUAAAAAAUCAAAGUGACCAUAUUAGAACGAUAAUAAAAGCAAGAGGCAUCGCUUUUCCAAACGUGACGGGUCGAACUUUCGCUGUUUUUCGUGUGGAUCGAAAACAUCAUCUAAUGUCUCUGGUUUCAAAGAUCGAUCCUUCGCCAGAUUGGAUCGUCGGCGUUUCUGGUCUUGAACUAUGUCUAUCUAAUUGUUCUUGGAUAAUCCAUAAAGAACUAAAUUUGUAUCCCUACGAUGCAGGUACUGAUGAUGGUAUCACAUACGUGUCACCGGAUUCGCCUACGGAGCCACAGGAACCAAUUCGACGUAUCACGUCGACGUAUCCAAAUGAUUCGAGAUCACCUUUUUAUGACUCAUCUGGUCUGGAUAUGAAACCCCUUGCGAAGCUCUACUUGAACAGACAGAGAUUGUACGAGAAAACCUGCGAUUCUAAGUUUCUACAUACAUUGGCUGACGGAGGUGGAAAUUUAAAUAAAACGCCUAAGCGUUGUAAAGUGACAUUUUGGGCUGAAUGGAGCACGUGCUCAGUCAAUUGCGGCUUAGGCACUCAACUAAGACAACGUCGCUUUCGCGAUGAAGCUGCUGCAAAUGCGAAUAAACCAUGUACCACAACUUUAACAGAUCGAAGAUUCUGUUAUAAUGAACAAAGGCCAUACUGCCCCAGUAAUGCGCGUUACAACGGUCUAUUGAACAGCGAAAUGUGUGAAUUAACGCCUUGGAGUUCUUGGAGUUCGUGCUCGUCUACCUGCGGCGAGGGCAGCAAAACACGAAACAGGAACUUCCGGCAGAAGAAAUUUCGAAAACAAUGCAAGGCUGUGCCGGACGGACCGCAAUUACAGGAGACAUUCGAUUGCGAGAACGAGCCUUGCGAAGGCGAAGACACGGAGGAGGUAAGGCAUCGAUUGAGACGGUUGAACAACGAUGAUGAGAAUGAAGACCAUGCCGGUGAGAGAGCAGAAACGAGCGGAGAGAUAAUCGAGGAAUGGUUGCAGAGAUGUCCUAUGGACCAUUAUACACAAUGGUCCUUAUGGACGCCGUGCAGUUCUAGCUGCGGAGAUGGUGUCAAAUUGCGAUCUAGGCUGUAUAGGGACUCUAAUAAGGAUAAUAGUGACAGCCACGAGGAAUGCAAAGUGCAACAGGCAUCAUGCAAAGCCGAAAUUCCGAGCUGCGAUUUGUCGAGAGAAGAAAAAAUAAAGAUCUGCAGCGAACCCAAGGUGAAGGGACGAUGUAAUUUGAACAUAUUAAGAGCUUAUUUUGACAAACAAAACAGCACUUGUCGUGUCUUUAGUUAUUCUGGCUGCGACGGUAAUCGAAAUAAUUUCCCAACCGUGCAAGAUUGCAAUAAUGUUUGCGGCAAUUUCCAAAGAGAAUUGAAGGCGAAUCUAUCAGCAAUCAUGAAAAAUCUUAAGGUGUCCCUUAGCAGCGUCCUCAGCUAUCAUAUUCCUGCGCAGGAGCAACGUAACGCAAAGGCGAAGAGAGCGCAACAUGAGGAUUUUAAAGGCAUUGAAGCGGUUAGUCAGAUAAUGGAAUCGAGUGAGAAUAGUAAAGUGGAUUGCCAGAUAUCUGAAUGGAGUAAAUGGUCGCGCUGUGAAAGCUGUCGUGGAUUUGCCACGAGCACUAGGGAGACGAUUCCACCCAAAGGUGGGGGUAAGAAAUGUCCAAAAAAACUUAUCCGAAGAAAGAAGUGCAAUAAAAUUCUGCCAUGCUUUCUACAAGAUGAAAAAGGUCGCCGAUUUCAUCGAAACAAAAAUACUGAAAUAGAGCAUGAGAUUUCAGUGAAUUGCGAAAUGACAUCGUGGUCAACGUGGUCGGAAUGCAGUGCGACCUGUGGCGAAUCGUUGCGAACCAGGGUCAGAAGUGUGACGGUGAAACCACGUGGAUCCUGGGCCAAACUCUGUCCAGUUUUGACGGAAUUCAAAAAGUGUCGCAGAAUAGAUUGUCCGCAGUAGUCCGAGAGUGUUUGCAUUCUAUCUUAUUAUUCUAUCGAUAGGCAUAUUACUAUUUGCACGGUGCGUCUGUGUCGAAUAUUGAAAUUCAUGUGACUUUGUCGUUAGAUUGAUUACUCGUGUGACACUCCUUCUUAAAUAUUAUAAUGUAAGUGAAAUCUCCAAAGUGUGCAGGAGGGAUAGAAGCAUGUAUCUGUAGAAAAUAUUAUCGGGAUAUAGGGCUAACACUGGACGACAGCAAUUUUAUCCUAUAAAAGUUCGCAUAUUUUUGCUGUUUUGAUAACGAACAAAUAAUAGAGUUAAUAAUAAAAGCAAAGAAACGAUAAAAAACGACAAAAUCGUAUUUGAUAUUAAAAUUGUGGAUAUUUUAGAUUUUGGAAGAAU